CAGGGUCUGGGCUCGGAUCGAGAGUUGGGUUGUUCAAUCUGUGAGGAGGACAACAAGCAGCUCCGAGUGUACCGGAUGGAUGGAUGUUGGCGAUGACUCUUCCUGUCGGUGCCGUGGUGACAGCGGGCAUGGCUGAUCAAGCUGAAUGUUGCUGUUGAGUUAUCUGCAGAUGUUGUGAUGUAUUGUCCCAAACCCAAUCAAGCAAAUAAUUUUUGCAAAUGAGUUGCUGCUUGGCUGCAGGACGUGUGUCCUAUCACUGAGGCCACAUGUGCAUCUGGAGAGAUGGAUCGUUGUAAGCACGUGGGACGUCUUCGUCUGGGCCAGGACCAUUCCAUCCUCAAUCCGCAGAAAUGGCACUGUGUGGACUGCAGCACCACCGAUUCAGUGUGGGCCUGCCUCAAGUGCUCCCACGUGGCCUGUGGACGUUUCAUGGAGGAGCACUCACUCAAACACUUUCAGGAGUCACACCACCCACUGGCUAUGGAGGUGCGUGAGCUGGAUGUCUUCUGCUUUGCCUGUGGAGACUAUGUACUCAAUGAUAAUGCAGAGGGUGACCUCAAACUCCUCAGAGGGGCACUCUCUACUGUUCGGAGCCCAGGUAGGCGUUCCCUACGCUCUUCAACUGGGGGGGAGUGCACCCCCUGGGUUGGGGAAGGUGGACCGCAGCCUGCCAUGCAGCUGGCCUUGCGCCACAGGAGAAAAGCACUCCUCGGAAAGAUGCUUCAGAUGUGGAUCAGCAAACAUCAGGAGCUUCAGAAUCAGCGGAAAGAGAAACUUGAGGAAGCUAGAAGACAAAAGAAAGAGGUAAAAAGGAGACUCAUGGAAGAGCUUGGCAAUGUUCCUCCCAGAAAGAGUGCUAGGCUUCUUACUCAGGCGCCACGUUCAACCAUCACACUCAUUCCUCGCAAAUUUCGCGACCCUCCAGAACGCCUACCUCCACCUCCCAAGAAGCCUUCCCUCCUGACCCUGUCCCGCAAAGCUCCUCAGAAUGGCAGAGCUGCCAAACUGAGGAGAUACUACUCCACACAUGCGGUGACGCGCCGGAGACUCGCUCCAGGUGUCACUGGUCUGCGCAACUUGGGGAACACAUGCUACAUGAACUCAAUAUUGCAAGUGCUGAGCCACCUGCAGAAAUUCAGGGAGUGUUUUCUCACUUUGGACCUGUGUGAGACUGAGGAGCUGCUGGCCAAGACCAAUCACUCCCAGGGGAUGAAGGGGGUGACGGGAGGUGUAGUUAACAGCGGUAACACAGCGCUGUCAGGGUGCCCUCUUGGACGCAUGGGGAAGGCGGGUUGUUGGAAUUUGCCUGUGGGCAAAAAGGAAAGUGUCCCGCCUGCUCCACAGGCUUCAGAGUUGGUCCAGCCCAAGGAGCCUCGCUGCUCCACCCGCCAGCAGAUGUCUCUGUGCCAUGAGUUGCAUACACUUUUCAGGGUCAUGUGGUCAGGCCGGUGGUCGUUGGUGUCUCCCUUUGCCAUGCUGCACUCUGUGUGGAACCUCAUCCCAGCUUUUCGCGGUUACGACCAGCAGGACGCCCAGGAGUUCUUGUGUGAGCUGCUGGACAAGGUGCAGCAGGAGCUGGACACAGAGGGGUCCAAGCGGCGGAUAGUCAUCCCCAUCACAAAGAGGAAGCUAUCCAAGCAAGUGCUAAAGGUUCUCAACACCAUCUUUCAUGGGCAGCUACUCAGCCAGGUGACGUGUCUGUCCUGUAAGCACAAGUCUAACACAGUAGAGCCAUUCUGGGAUUUGUCUCUGGAGUUUCCGGAGCGAUAUCACAGCAUAGACAAAGGCUCAGGCUCUUCGGCUUACCAGCGUAGCUGCACCCUCACCGAGAUGCUGUCCAAGUUUACAGAGAUGGAGGCUCUUGAAGGCAGCAUCUACGCCUGCAACCACUGCAACAAAAGAAGACGGAAAUCAUCCCACAAACCCUUAGUUCUGUCAGAAGCCCGUAAGCAGCUUCUGAUCUACCGUUUACCUCAGGUUCUACGGCUGCACCUCAAACGCUUCAGAUGGUCGGGGCGGAACCAUAGGGAGAAAAUCGGCGUCCAUGUGGCCUUUGACCAGGUUCUGAACAUCAAACCAUACUGCUGCACAGGCUCAGGUCACUCUGUCCACAGGGGAGGCUACACCUACGAUCUGUCCGCUGUAGUUAUGCAUCACGGCAAAGGCUUCGGCUCAGGGCACUACACCGCAUACUGCUACAACACAGAAGGAGGUUUCUGGGUCCACUGUAAUGACUCUGAGAUGAAGGUUUGCAGCGUGGAGGAGGUGUGCAACACUCAGGCCUAUAUUCUCUUCUAUACCCAGAGGUCUGCCUAGGUACCUCUCGCUGUGAUGUUGACCUGUACACGGCAACUUAGGGCUGCAUUUAUGAAAACGUUCUCUGAUGUUUUCCCAGAUGUCAUUAAACGAUCACUUUGAAAUGAUUUGCUAAAAAAAGAUGGCAAUGAGGGCAGUGGGACAGCCGCAGUCGUGAGUCAAGGUGAGAAUUUUAGCAGCAUAAUCCAGACGAGGGUACCAGCGGUAGUCGUGUUACUGUGCUUAGUAGGAGGCAGGCGUGAAUAGUGAGGAAGACAACUCUGGAUUAUGUUUGACACACUGAAAGAAAAACAAAGUAGAAAUCAAAAACCUUUUCAUAAAUGAGGCCACAGGUUUCUGAGCCUGUGGGUCCAGCAUAUCGGUUUAUGGCCUGAAGACUGUGGCAGCGGCGGGUUCCCCAGUCGGUCCUGCUGAACACCAAGUUGUGUGUCCGUGUUUUUAAAACAACAAUCAGGCUCCUGUGUGUGUUGAGUCUGGGACCAACCAGGCGCUCUCCUGAGACAGCAUUUUACAAUGAAGGGCGGAUUCUGGAGUUUGGGGCGUUUAGUCACGGUAACGUCGACGAUGUGCUUCUUAUACGUAACUGUACAUUUGAUCUCGGUGCACUAAGUCCUGUAAGAGGCGUCAUCGCAGAGGACGCUCGUGAUUAAAGUCCAAACUCCACGGCGCCUCCUGUUCAGCUUUUUUAAUUAUUGUGAAAUGUCAGUUAUGGAAACUUUUACUACUCAUCCCUGUGUCAUUUGUACUUCAUCAUGUCCUCUCCUCAAAUGUACUGCUGUGACUGGAUACUGUGUCUUAGGCUCAAGGCUCUCAGUGAACAUGACUAGAUUUAUGUUUUUAGUUUCUUUUGUAGUCAUUCUGUUUUAGUUCCAUGACAAGAAGCAAAAAGUAUGAGUUUCAGACACUUGAUUGAUGACGAGUGAUGGAAAGCUGCACUUUUGAGGAGGGGCUGUUGCUGUUGGUCCUAUCUUUGGCUCCUGUAACUUCUUGAAACGGCAGCUCCUCCGGUGGUUUUUAACGGUUCGGCCCGGCCCGUCUGAGACUCUGCGCCUCUGCGUAACCUGCAGCAGGUGAGAAACGAGUGAAAGGGCAGACUGCGAUACUGAAGAAUGUGUUUUUGGGAAACUUGGGGUACCCAUUUUGAGUUGAGCACCUGAAAGCAAUAUAUUGUACAUCUUGCAUCUUGACAGGAAAUUAAGAUAAAAUCAGGAAUUCUUCUGCUUGUUAUACAAUGUUUUUUUCUACUCUGCUGUUUCUAUCAAGGUCUUUAGAAUUUGCUAGGUAAUCAAGAAAACCUGUUGUGUUUGAUACGAGUCAAAUGCAACAUACAUUUGUGAACUCUAUGUGAAAGUUGGAACAAUCUAAUGACGAUGAAUGUCUUACUUUUCAGCGGUCAGGUGUGGCCAUGCCACCGGCUCUGAUCCCCUUGAGUUCUGUCUUGUACUGUAAGAAUACCUGUCAUAAAUGUAAUGGUCAUAUGGGUUUUGCCUGACAGUAAUUAUUAAAAAGACAAAACAAAUUUGAAA